AUGCACAAGAGUAUUCCCUCUUCCGCCGUCUUCCGGCGUAUCGGACCGACACCUGCUCGACAACCGUUCGGCCAAACGUAUAGCAAGAUUGCUCAACGCAACAAGGAACAGUGUCUUCACUGUCAAAACGGACUAUACAGACGACUCACACACUCCCAGUCUCGGAAAUUCAACACACUACGCUCCCUACCGUUCCAGAGCCCACUACCGAGAGCUGCUCCCAACCGAGCCGAACCCGCCUCGCAACCAACCUCCGAAGACAUAUCGCCAGGUCUGGCGGCAAGAGUCCCUGAUACUACAACACACUACACUAUAUUCCCUAAAACUCUGCCGAAAGGCCCUCCGCCAGAGGGUACAUUCGACAUUUCGCUACCCGACCUUCGCCGCGAAUUCCUCUCCCUCCAGGGUCUUGCACACCCGGACAAGUUUCCCGAAGGGCCAGCAAAACGGAAAGCAGAAGCCCUAUCGUCCCGAAUCAAUGAAGCCUACCGUGCGUUAGGGGAUCCAUUAGCUCGCGCGCAGUACCUUCUCGCCUCCCAGUAUGAUAUCGACGUCACCGCCGAGGACGGUGCCAACAAACACCCGCAAAGCCCCGAGACCCUGAUGCAGGUGAUGGAGGUGCAAGAAGCCGUUGAGGAGGCAGAAGACGAGAAGUUAAUUGCCGAUCUAAAGGUGGAGAAUGAGGAGCGAAUUGCGCAGACGGUGAGCGAAAUGGGCAAGGCUUUCGAGUCGGGAGACAUCGACAAUGCUACGAAGCUGUGUUCUAAGCUUAAAUUCUGGUACACAAUUCGAGCUGGCCUGAGAGAAUGGGAACCGGGAACUAGAAGUGUCAGGCUGGUUCAUUGA